AUGGACCAGACCAGCAACAGCACCUCAGAGGGGUUCAUUCUGAUGGGUGUGUCCGACCACCCCCGGCUGGAGGUCAUCUUUUUUGUAGUCAUCCUCAUCUCUUACUUGAUGACUCUAGUUGGGAACUCAACCAUCAUCCUGCUUUCCCGCCUAGAUGCCCGGCUUCACACACCCAUGUACUUCUUCCUCAGCAACCUCUCCUCUCUAGAUUUAGCUUUUACCACCAGCUCAGUACCCCAAAUGCUAAUCAAUUUAUGGGGCCCAGACAAGACCAUUAGCUAUGGUGGCUGUGUGACCCAACUGUAUGUUUUCCUUUGGCUAGGAGCUACUGAGUGCAUUUUGCUUGUGGUGAUGGCAUUUGACCGUUAUGUGGCAGUUUGCCGGCCCCUGCACUAUACCACUAUCAUGAACCCUCGGCUUUGCUGGCUGCUGGCUGCUGUUGCCUGGCUGGGUGGCCUGUGCAACUCUGUGAUCCAGUCAACAUUCACUCUGCAGCUGCCAUUGUGUGGGCACCGGAGGGUGGACAACUUUCUGUGUGAAGUGCCUGCAAUGAUCAAGCUGGCCUGUGGAGAUACUAGUCUCAAUGAGGCUGUGCUCAAUGGUGUCUGUACCUUCUUCACUGUGGUGCCUCUAAGCAUUAUCUUGAUCUCCUACUGCUACAUUGCUCAGGCAGUAUUGAAGAUCAGUUCAUCAGAAGGACGACGAAAGGCCUUUAACACCUGUCUCUCUCACCUUGUGGUGGUGUUUCUUUUCUAUGGCUCAGCUAUCUAUGGCUAUCUGCUUCCAGCCAAGACCAGCAAACAGGACCAUGGCAAAUUUAUUUCUCUUUUCUACUCUGUGGUCACACCCAUGGUGAAUCCUCUCAUCUACACUCUGAGGAACAAAGAGGUGAAGGGGGCACUCAGAAGGUUGCUGGGGAAAGGAAGGGAAGUGGGCUGA